GAUUAUUUCGACAAGAAGUUGGGCGCCUUGAAGCGCGAUAUUCAAGACGAGUUGUGCAGUAAUACCGAUUCUGUAGCCAAAAAGUUCAAAGAAGAAUAUAAGAUCACAUUUAGAUUCGAAGGUAAUAAGAAACAGUUUCAAUUCAACUCCGACCUUGCAGCGAAAGUAAAGUCGGCGUCAGCUGCCCUCGGAAAGAGAAAAUUAGACCUUGUUAAAACUCAUGAUCACGUGGAAGAACUAGAAUCUGACAUCAAGAAGCGCAACAAACGUAUCAGACUGAAAGACAAGUCCGCCGCCGGUUGGGAUUUGGUGAACGAGUAUUUAUCUGACGAACUGGCUAGCGGGUCAGACGUCGAGCAGAGGGCCCUUCGUAAACGCAGCCAACGCCAACAGAAAGUGAAGCCAUCCAAGCAAGGUUAUUCACAACUCCAAUCAUCCACCGCAACCACUGCGUUUUUUGCCCAACAUUCAUCAUCCUCCAGACCUAUUUCUUGUACUCUUGGCGCUUUCAGCAAACCAAGACCAAGUGAUAUUUGUUUCGCAUGCGGCCAGCAAAGUCAUUGGAGGUCUCUGUGUCAAGUUAAUCCUCAAGCCAGAUCUUCAAGCUCCGGGCCGUCCUUUCCUAGUUCUUUUGGUCUUUCGGGCAUUGGAGUUAAAUAGGACCACAGAACUGUCUCGAUACAGUCUUCAGGCAAGAAGAGGCUUAUUCUGGACUUACGUCAUGUCAAUCAUUUCAUUUGGAAACAGAAGUUUGGGUGUGAAGAUUGGAGAGUUUUAUUAUCAUAUGUUAAUAAGGGCGAUUACCUUUUCAGUUUCGAUCUCAAGUCUGGGUAUCACCAUAUCGAUAUUUUUCCGGAUCACCAAACUUUUCUGGGUUCUCCUGGUUUUUUUCUGGUGCCGUUCGGUAUUUUUGUUUUGCAUCACUUCCGUUCGAUCUUAGCUCAGCUCCAUACGUCUUCACCAAGUGUCUUAGAGCACUCGUUAAGUGUUGGAGGUCUAACGGGAUUAAAAUUGUUGUGUUCCUCGACGAUGGGUGCGGAAAAGGGGAUUCACUGCCUAUGGCCAAGGAAAAUUCAUUGUUUGUGCAAUCAUCCUUAAGCAGUGCAGGGUUUGUUGCCAACUCCGCCAAAUCACUAUGGAGCCCCACCCUUUUGCUUGUUUGGUUGGGUUUAAACUGGGACUUAGUUACCGGUACCAUUUCUAUUACCGACAGACGUAUUUCCGAAUUUAUCGUUCUGAUUGACAAAUUUCUUCUAUCCGCACCUUAUGUUACGGCUCGGGAUUGUGCCGUUAUCGCAGGUCAUGUUAUGUCCAUCAGGGGCACCCAAAGGCAAUUUUCGGGAAAAUAUCUGUUCGGAAGACGAUUUGAGAUCUAGAAUUUUCGGAUCAUUUGUUGUAAAAUUUCUUGCUUGCCCGCCUCUCCUAGGAUUUUCGAACAUCUACAAAAUGGUAUAAUUACUCAUUUUUAACGGAUUUUGGAACUAAAAAAGGCCACCUAUAAUUUUCGGGAGCCUUUUCCUGGCUGAAAUUUUCGAGAAGGUAAGUUUCUAUCCCUAUAAUUUUCGGAUCACUAGAUUUUCAGCUAGGAGAUCCGAACAGAUGAAAAAAUUUUAGGGGAUAAAAAUAUGCCUAUAUCUACCGUUUGAAUGCUAAAAUACGUUCAACAAUGCUAUGUUAAGUGGUUUUGAACUAUAUCCUCGUUGGGUGCCCCUGGUCCAUGUAGCCAGUGAGUGGGUAACCUGACUCGCCUCAAAACCCGUUUUCUUUAGGAGGUCAUAGAAUCCCGCCAUAGUUGGGAUUCCCGUUUUAAUAUCGGGCUUCAUAAUGAUUGCCUCUCUGAAAUAUUUUUCUGGAAAAACAAUAUCGUUAGUCUUAAUAAGAGACCUAUUUUGCCUUAUUAUCCUCCCCUUUUGUUUAACUAUACGGACGCUAGCAACGGGGCUUUUGUUGUGGGCACUAAUGAGGUGUCCCAUCGUAUGUGGACUGCUGGUGAAGCAGCUAAGAGCUCUACCUGAAGAGAACUUAAGGAUACACAAUUUGCCUUAAGUGCAUUCAAAGCCUUGGUUCUGGGUAAGAGUGUAAAGUAGCAUUCUGACAGCCAAAGGGACCGUUCGUGCUGUGGAGAUAGGGAGCCCUAGUGCAGGAUUGCAUUAUAUUGCGCUUGAUAUUUCUAUUUUUGUCAAACUUACAAUAUUACACUUAUUCCCCAGUGGGUUCCCAGGGAACGUAAUGCUUGUGCUGAUGCGAUUAGCCACAUUGUAGACUUCGAUGACUGGUAUACAACCGCCGAGUUCUUCGCACACUUGGACCGCCUUUGGGGCCAACAUACAGUC